UUUUUAAUGUACGAAAUGCACCCUUAAAAAUACUAAUUUUUAAUUACCUAACAAGAAAAUAUUACAUCACGACAGUUUGACAAAGAGAAAUUAUAAAAAAACCUCAACUGUCGUUCCGUUUUUCGGUCAAGGUCAUUUUAUAACACCAAAUUAUAAAAAAUGUUGUCGUGUAUUAUUUGGUUCGACAAAACAGACUAUUCAAUUCGGCCGGAUAAUAUCAAUUGGAUCCCAUCCGGUAUGAAAUUCGUCAGUUCGGCGACCGUAAUUUCAAGUUCACUUUCGAGAGUGAGCCACUUUCUCAUUUUCUCGCUUUCGAAAAAAAAUUCCUAAACACUACUCAGUGCGAGGAAUCAAACUAGUUUCCGCGAAAUAGUGGUGAGAGGUGAAAUAUCGUGGUGAACUGUCUUAUAAUUAUUUGUUCUGUAUGGAUUUUAAUUUACGAAUAUGGUGUAUACGGAGGGAUAUUUAAAGGAAAAGCUGACCAAGGAAUUGGACGCCGUUCACGUCGAAGUGACAGACGAGAGCGACGGGUGCGGCGCCAAGUUCUCAGUGGUCAUCGUAUCUGAAAAGUUCCAGGGGAAGCCGUUGCUUGCCCGCCACAGGCUAGUCAACUCAAUUCUACAAGAGGAGCUGAAGACAAUACAUGCGUUCACCCAAAAAACCCUGACGCCAGAGCAGUGGAAGAAUUAAUUUCAAUACAAUGAAAUAAAAAUUAAA